AUUUUCUUUUGAUUCUUACUUCUUCAUUCUAUAUAUACUAUAAAUUUUUAGAUUGUUGAAACACCAUUAAUUCUUUGAUUUUCUUUUUCUUAGAUUAGUGAUAUAUUACAUAUAAGUACAUGGUUGAAUCAACGUGCGAAGAAGAACAUAUCAUGACGAUAGAAAACAUAGAGAAUCCUCUUCGUUUAGUAUCCUUAAAUCACAUUUCAAUCCGGUGUCGUUCAGUUGAAAAAUCUCUUGAUUUUUACAAAAAUGUCCUUGGAUUUAUUUCAAUUAGACGACCAGGGUCUUUAGAUUUUCCUGGUGCUUGGUUGUUUAACUAUGGUAUUGGCAUUCAUUUGCUAGAGUGCAAUGAUGAAUCAAAUGGCAAAUUGGAUGUUAAAGUGAUUAAUCCCAAGGACAAUCAUAUCUCCUUCAUAUGCGAAAACAUGGCUACGGUAGAAAAGAAGCUAGACAAGAUGCAAAUAGAACAUGUUAAAAACAGGGUGAUUGAAGGUGGAAUUCACGUUGAUCAGCUCUUCUUCCAUGACCCAGAUGGUUUUGUGAUUGAGAUUUGCGACUGUGAUAAUCUUCCUGUGGUCCCACUAAGACGCGACUUGCCCAAUCGAUAUUGUCCACGUUUCAGCAAUUUCUAAAUAAUUGACAACAAUUUUUUGUUAAACGGUUUUUGUAGAAAGAUCAAGUUUAUAAGUGUACUACAUUGUUGAUACCAAGUUACUAACUAGCUAGCUAGUUUGUUAAAUGUCUUGAGGAAUGGUACAUAAGACCGACUUAUCUGGGACCAGAUCUCAUCUACACAUCUCCCCUUUAUGAAUCUCUUGGAAAAAAGAAAAAAAAUGCAUGAUCAUGAACUAUAUUUUUUUACAUUCCUUGACUCCUUGUCUCAUUUUGUCUUUA